GUGACACACGUGCAACAACAAAAGACCAGAGGGGGAGGGGGGGAGAAAAAAAGCAAGCUUGAGUAUCGAUCUUUUUACACAAGUAUUGCUUAAUACCAAUAACAGCGUUGGUAUCGAUAUAUUUGGAUCGACCCGCCCACCUCUAGUCCUUAUAGAGAAACAGGAGCUGAUCUGCUGAAGAAAGAAAGGACCUCCUGCUUCGUGUCUUCUCCUGCUUUGGGUAGUCUUCUUGCAACAAGGUUCAAGAAUUUACUUAAACAGAUGCAUAAACAUCUCCAUUAGGAAUUCCUCCCACUGUGCAAAAAAAAGAGUGUAAUUUAAACAUGGUGUCUAAAAGCUCCGGUUCUCAGAAAACAACCCCUGCUUCCACUGGUAAUGAAACAACUAACAGGACGAAACAAACGAGUCAAGUGAAAAAGAAGGAAUCACAUCAGUGCCCUGAAUGCGGGAAGAAUUUAACUACAAAGAAUGGUCUCCGAAUACACCGGCGGAUUCACACUGGAGAGAAACCGUAUCAGUGCUCUGAUUGUGGUAAACGUUUUAAAGAACAGUGUGGCCUUCAAAUACACAAGCGCCUUCACACUGGAGAGAAACCGUAUGAGUGCUCAGACUGCGGGAAGAGCUUCAAUAGCAAGGGUAAUCUAAACUUACACGAGCGCGUUCACACUGGAGAGAAACCAUAUAAGUGCUCAGAGUGUGGGAAGUGUUUUAGAGUACAGAGCAGUCUGGAUGAACACCAGUACGUUCACACUGGAGUGAAACCGUAUCCGUGCCUAAAGUGUGACAAGAGCUUUUCUAGACUAAAUAAUCUUGUAGAUCAUGAGCGUAUUCACACUGGAGAGAAACCGUUUCAGUGCACAGAGUGUGGGAAGAGCUUUACUUUAAAAAGACAUCUUAAAGAACACAUGAGAAUUCACACAGGAGAGAAACCGUAUCAGUGUUCAGAGUGCAAGAAGAGCUUUGCUAGGCUAAGCAAUCUCCAAAAACAUCAGCUCAUUCACACAGGAAAGAAAACGUAUCAGUGUUCAGAGUGCAAGAAGAGCUUCGCUAGGCUACGCAGUCUCCAAAUACAUCAGCGCAUUCACACUGGAGAGAAACCGUAUCAAUGCUCAGUGUGUGGACAGAGUUUUAGGGCACAGAGUAAUCUAAUAUCACACCGAAGUACUCACACACAGUUGAGACCUCACGAGUGCUCGGAUUGUGGGAAAUAUUUUAAAGAAGUGCGAGCUCUUAAAAUACACAAGCGCAUUCACACUGGAGAGAAACCGUUUAACUGCACGUUGUGCGGAAAGAGUUUUACCACGCAUUCUCAUCUGAUAUCACACAAGCUCAUUCACACUGGUGAGAAACCGUUUCAGUGCUCGCUGUGCGAGAAGGCUUUUUCUAACAGCAGAGCUCUUACAAUACACAAACGUAUUCACACUGGGGAGAAGCCGUAUCACUGCUCACAUUGUGACAAGAGUUUUUUGAGGCGGCGUAGUCUACAAUCUCACCAGUACAUUCAUAAAGAAAUCAAACCGCAUCAGUGCACACAGUGUGAAAAGAGUUUUAUAAGAAAGCGUUGUCUCCAAAGACACCAGCACUCGCACACUGGAGAGAGGCCUUAUCACUGCACGGAGUGCGAGAAGACGUUUACUGCAGAGUUUCUCCUUGUACUGCACCAGAAGCGCAUUCACGCCAAAGAGAAAAAAUAUCACUGCGAAGAGUGCGCCAAGAGUUUUACGAAUAAGAAGAUUUUCAAAAACCACCAGCGCCUUCAUAUCAAAGAGAAGAAGUAUCAGUGCUCGGAGUGUGGGAAGAGCUGUACAAAUGUGAAGGAUCUCCAAAAACACCAGCGCCUUCAUGCCAGAGAAGAAAGAAUGCAUCGGUGCUCAGAGUGUGGAGAGAGUUUUACAGUUAAGAGGAAUCUUCUAAAACACCAGCGCCUUCAUUCUGCCGCAGAGAGCCAGGAAAGUUCAUCACCAUCAAACGAGAGUUCUGCAGAGGAGUGGGACGAAGACAGUUCGGACUAAAGGACAGAAUGUAGAAACUGCCAAUCUGAGCUCUGCAGUGCCUGGUCCUUUUCACAGCAACAGGGAAGAAAAUGAUAAAAGAGGAGAGACUGGCAGCUCAACGUCCUGAGAAAGAUCUCCAAAUACCUCUCACUCGUAAAUAUUCUUUAGUUUUUUAGUUUGUUUUUUAUUCCAGUAGUGAAGGAAUGAAAAAAAUAAAGAAUGUUUUUUUUAAGUAUGAUUAUAUAUAUAUUUAUGCAUUUUCUUUAUAUUUACUCUAUUUUUAACCUUAAAAUUACUUGUGUAUUUACAAAUUUUACGAUACCACUUUUGUUUUCCGAGUACACAACACUGAAGAUUUUAUUGUAUUCACUGUAAUAUUUACUUACUGAUUUUGGGUCAGUACAUGUCUAUAAUGAUAUAUGAAGGUACUUUUAUAUUUACCCUAUAUAUUUUUUCUACUAUGCAUAUUUGUCACACUUACCUGUGAUACUUACCUGUUGUACAUACCUGUAACUCUUGUGGGGCCCUAAAUUAGGAUAUUGAAGAUCAAUAUGUGUAAAUCCUCAUAUAUUAAGCGCACUCGGCCUUACAUGAACAAGUUCACUGAGUUUGCUCGUCCUCUGUCUGCUCUCCUUCUCUAACAAGCCUAAACCUGUACCAGGCACGUCCCGGAGGGAGGCAGCUGUAUAAGAUAACAGGCCAUAAUUUGGAGAGUUUCCAGGAAAACGCUUCUUAAUGGCUGGGGAGCAUAUCUCUAAGUUCAUUAAUCAGACCAGAUGUCCACAAACAGACCCUAGCUCAGUCUCCAAUUAUGGGAAUAAUGGCAUAAUGCCCAGAUACGUGACCGGAAGAACCUCCCUAAAGAUGAUCAUGUUUGGAAACAAUUAUGUUCAACCGACGUAUGGUUAUAUAACAGUAAAAGGUGGAGCCUAAAGCCCCCACCUUUUGUUCACCCAAAGACUGUAUAAAAGUGUGUGUAACCCUUUGUCUCAUCAGAAGACUGAAUCCUCCUGACUGAAGAACAAUAAAGAAUCAACUUAGAACAUCGGAAAGAAGUCUUCUCCUUUCUUUAAACCUGGGGCACUCGUCUGUUUUUAUCUUCUCUCUUUUGAAUUUAGAGCUUUACAUCGAUGCAUGACUAGAUCAUUUUUAAGAGUCUAUUUUAAACUAGCCCAGGCUUCCCUUUAAGGGAGGCCUAAGAGUCGUCAAGUAACGAACGACACUCUAUACCCACUGUAGUCCUGAAAGGUGGAGCUUGCUCUGUGAUUGGCUGAAUGAAUCAGGUAAAUCCUGGAAGAGACAGUAUAUGAAUUAGAGAAUGUUCGCACUGAAUUGCUGUAAAAAGGUAUUGUUUUUUUUCUUUUCUCUUCUUUGUUUUUUGAGAUUGUUGAUAUUUCUUAUUUUUGUAAUUGAAUUUUUUUAUUACUCACUUCCUUCAUAAACUUUACAACUACAGACACAGGGCAAAUCAACAGGUACACUUUACAUUUUAAGAAUAUUUUUAAAGCAUAUCCAUAGAGUCAGAGUUGACACGAAACUAAAAUAAAAUAAUAGUUAAUAAAUAAAUGAGUAAAUCAGACACAUUUUUGAAUAUGGUGAAUGAUAUUAUACCCUGAACUAUUGCUCCAUAUCACCCACCCCUAAUUAUCACAUCAGGGUUCUACUUUUUUACUGGUUUUAUCAAAAGAAAAAUCCACAGAGUUCUCAUUUCCCGUUCUAUAUUGUGGGGCCUAAAUUAGUGAUCAAUAUGUGUUAUAUUACCACUAUAUUAGUAUACUUGGUUACAUAUGAAGAGUUCACUGAGUUCUGUUAAAACUCUGUCUAACCUCCUCUCGGAAAGGCCUGUACCGGUUCGUACCGCUACUCGUCUGGUUUCAACUUCUUAUUUUUCUGACUUAGAACUUUUGUUUUAACGCAAGACUACAUAGAUCGAGAGCUCUUUACGCUAGCCCAGGCUUCCCUUUUUGGGGAGGCCUUAGAAGAGUCGUGAAAAAUCACCACGACAAUAUCUACUAGAGACAGAUUAUAUCUGUCCAGUAUCAUUUAUUUUACUUUAAUCCUGAAUAUAUGGAGAUAUUUUGAGUGCAUUUAUUAUUAUUAUUAGUAGUAUCAUGAUAUUCUGGAUCAUUGACUUCUGUUACAAUUCUGAUAAAAAUUUUGUAUUUUUAAAAAUCUAAAAUGGGCUGUUCCAUAUCAUAUAAUAUUGUAUACAGUAAUAAAAUUGAAUUUUUAUUUUGUUACAGUAGUGUAUUCUUGAAAUAUAUAUUUUUUUUAAUUCUGUGUUUUGUCAUAUCGCCAACAGUAUAAUCAUUGCGAAAAUACCGUAAAAUAUUAUAAUUUUUUAGCCGUAUCGCCCACCCCUAGGUAGGAGGAGAUUGGGCAGAAGAAGGGGUGUGGUCUGCUUGUAUUACACUUAAAGUUUUUUAACUAGAAGUUGUCGUUCGUAAUCUGACGACUCUUAAGGCCUCCCUUAAAGGGAAGCCUUGGGCUAGCUUAAAGUAGACUCUUAAAAGGUUAUCUAGUCAUGCAUCACUACAAAGCUUUAAAUUCAAAAGAAAGAAGAUAAAAAUCAGACGAGUGCCUCGAGUCAAAGAAAGGAGAAGACGGAGUUCUUCGAAGUUCUAAGAAGUUCUUUUAUUGCCUUGAAAUCAGCCAGGUUCAGUCAGAAGGAUCCAGUCUUCUGAUGAGACAAAGGUUUUACACACACUUUUAUACAGUCUUUGGGUGAACAAAAGGUGGGGGCUUUAGGCUCCACCUUUUACCGUUAUAUAACCAUUUUUCAGUUGAACAUAAUUGUUCCCAAACAUGAUCAUCUUUAGGGAGGUUUUUCCGGUCACGUCUUUGGGCGCGGUGCCAUUAUUCCCAUAAUUGAACCUAAUUGUGAUCAAAUCAACAUGGUGUGGUUUUUUUUUAAAAACCUGACCUUCACCUGUUUAGUUUUCCCGUGAGAGCUAGGGCCUAUGUGGACAUCUGGUUUGUUCUAAUGAAUUUAGAGAUAGCGUUUUCUGGGAAGUCAUCCAAUUAUGGCCUGUUAUCUAUAGCAACUGCCUCCCUCUGAGACAUGCCAGGUACAGGUUUAAACUUGUUACGGGAAGAGCAGACAGAGGAUGAGCGAACUUAAUGAACUUUGCUCAUGUAAGGCCGAGAGCGCUUAGUAUAUGAAGAUUUACACAUAUCGAUAUUCAAUAUCAUAAUUUAGGCCCCACAAAGUACACUUGUAAUAUAUUUUCAUAAUAAGCCGUUUCUGUCAUUAAAUUGAACCAUUUCUUUAAAGGAGAAUGCGGUGUAAAAUUGACUUUUGUUGGUUUUUUGGAUGAUAUGGGGCAUAUUUUACCCUGCAGAUAAAUCACUUUUUACACAGUUUUAUUCAGCACAAAGUAGCUCCACAGCACCUUGGCUAGAAUCCGGAGAGUCCUGACAUUUAAAACGAGGUAUUAAUAACUUAAAAAAUGCAAAAGAAAUGUAUUUUAUUUUAUUUAGUUGGUUUUAUUAAAAACGAUGUUUUACAACCAAUAGCGUAGGUAAAACUACAGCUACUGUAAACAAAUGAUUUAUCUGCAGAGGCAAAACAGAAUAAAAUUUCAGGAUCUCAGAAAGCUGUGGGAGAGCGGAGGUGGGCUAUUUAACAGUUUAGUACUCUCUAUCAUGUUUUACUACAACUAAAAGUCAAUUUUACACCAGAGUUCUCCUUUAACUCUGGUAACUUAGUUAAUUUCCGAUUUGUUUUAAUAACAAUGUUGUAAUGUUCUUUUUGAUUUUCGUACAUGGUGUGCCUUAUGUGUGAACCGAAAAAUCUAAAUAAACAACUGAAAAAAAUCAAA